AUGCGCAUCCUGCUGAUUCGGCACGGCGAGUCUGUUGACAACGUUGCCGGCUCUCGCGACUCACCCCUUACCAACCAUGGCGUUCUCCAAAUCAAGCGGUUAGGUGAUCAUCUCGUGAAACGUCAAGAUGUGAUAGGGCCCAUCACGCAUAUUUUCACCUCGAACCUCCAAAGGGCCUACCACACAGCCAUGGCCAUCGCCGACGCCCCGUUUCCCGCAGGUGGCGGAGGGUCCGAAGCUCGGCGCGAAGUGCCUGUCCAGGUCUGCCAGUUGCCAGAGUUGCGAGAGAAGGACUACGGGUCGUUAGAGGGCAAGAAAUAUAGCGUCAGAGGUGGACACAGCACCACCAGUAGCUUAUCUCAGUCCGACUCGGAAACCCAUGAUGCUAUGAAGACGCGAAUUGACCGGUUUCUGGACUCUACCUUGGUCCCGGUCCUUGAUAGACAAGUGUCUGACCACGUCGCCGUCGCCGUAGUGGCACAUGGUGUUAUCCUCGGCGUUGUCUUGAAGGUAUUGCUCGAACGAUUCCCUACGGGAGAAUCUCCUUCGGGAUUUCAGAGCAACAGCCGAGAGAGUGCGGCCGAGCUGGUCGGAAUGUGGAGCAACACCGGCGUCCUCCAAGCUAAAAUAGAAUUGGACGAACCCGCGUCCAGCGCAGGCAGCCAGAGCAAGGCUCAGAGCCGAUCGGACCCGAAGAGGGUGUUCCGCCUCACCAUUGAAUUGGCCAAUAACCUCGAACACCUAGGGGGUCUGAAGAAGACCCGGGGCGGCAUCGGUAGCGCCAAGUUUGACUCGCGACAGCGGACUAUGGACUCUUUCUUUGGUAAUGCUCCCAAAAAGCGAAAGCUUGACGAAGCACAAGGCUGAGGAUUAGGGUACGUUGUUUUCCAUCAUUUCCUAUAUACCAACCCUUUUCUAUGAUGAGAGCACAUAACUCACAGACCUGUUCUGAAUUCUAUGUGGAAACAUUUAUGUCCAACCGCUGUCUGAAAUGACCAACCUACCCGGUUCCUAUCACCCGCACAUUUUUUGCGUAUCCACCGCUAACCUGGUCCCUAUUCACCAGAUCUCUCCCGGGGACGCAAUUGGGCGCCCGGCUGAUUAGAUGUGCGCCUCUUUUGGAAGCCGUGAUAUGUACGAACCAUGACCACAAUAGCGAUCU